UUCUCAUAUCAAGAAUAUCUACAAUCGUUAUUAGUCGCUCAGCUCACAGCUAACUCCCGAUAGCCUGUCCUUCAAUCCUUUUGGCGCGAAUACAUAUAUCUUAUAUAAGUCGCACAAUCGGAACCAUAUCAGAUAGCCACAACAACCGGCCAGCAAUUGCCCUAUCCGUAAUAUCGCGACUGCGGUUCUACGGCCUUCGUAACGGUGUACAAGACAUUCUCCGGCCGCCCUCGCAGGGCCAUCACUGUCUCACCCUGAUUUGCCGCCUGUAGAAUCUUGCAAUCGACUCCCGUAUACGGUAAUUGAAACGGAAUCUCAUACCGGGUGCUUCCCCGUGUCCUUUGCGAUGGCGCUCAAUCGACUAUCUCAGCGUUUGACCGAGACUUUCAAGGAGUCCACCCGUGAUCUACCUAUCUUGCAAGGAAAAGGUCCAGCUGCGCAAACCUACUUCGAAUACAACGACGACAAGUUACGAGAGAUUGCGCAGCUAUUCGAUGGCUCGAAUAACAAAGCGAGCGAAGCAGACAGGCUGGAAGGAAUGAAGCGUUUAAUAGCGAUGAUUUCGAAAGGACGCGAUAUGUCUGCCUUCUUCCCUCAGGUGGUGAAGCAGGUAGCUUCGCCAAGUGUAGAGAUCCGUAAACUGGUAUACAUCUAUUUACUCCGUUAUGCGGAGACGAACUCGGAUCUCUUGCUGCUCUCCAUCAACACAUUCCAGCGGGAUCUUGGCGAUCCAAGCCCCUUGAUCAGGAGUAUGGCUAUCCGUGUAUUGACGAGCAUCCGUCUUGGUGUGAUUCAAGGGAUCGUUAUGCUAGGACUGGAAAAGCUCGUAAAUGAUCGUAACCCAUGGGUCCGAAAGACCGUGGCUCUCGGUUUGAUUAAGGUUUACGACUCGGACUCGACGACCUUGCCGCAAUUGAAGACCAUGCUCGUGACCCUUCUCAAGACCAGCACACCUGUCACCAUCGGGGCCACUCUACAGGCGGUGGAUUCGAUCUGUCCCGAUCACCUCGACCUACUGCAUCCUUACUACCGGAAAAUCUGCAUGCUACUGAUAGAUAGCGACGAAUGGGGUCAGGUCGUGGUACUAGCCGUCCUGCAACGAUACGUUCGCAACUAUCUGGAGAAGCCGGAAGAGCAGGAAGUCCAAAAGGCUGUUGUGAACAAACAAUACGACGAUCAGAUACCGGGCAGCGCGCACGACGACAACGACCAGUCGGGCGCUAUGUCCGAGGCGCUCCCAGAAUCGAGUUCGGCGCCUCCCGAGCUGGACCCAGAUUUGGAGCUCUUGUUGCACUGCACGCUACCUCUGUUCCAAUCACGCAAUCCGGCCGUCACGCUAGCUGCCAUCAGGCUCUUCUACCUGUGUGCCUCGAAUCAGAUCUCAUCGGAAGACUUGUCACAACACAAGAUUGUACCCCCUUUGCUCCGUCUGUGCUCCGUCACGCAAGAUACAAGCGAGGUAGCUUGGAGUGCCUGGGAGGUCGUGAGGGAGAUCGCAGAGCAAAGACCGUGGUUACUCUCCGAAAGGAUUGAAAAAUUCUUCGUUCGUAGCUCUGAUACUGUUCGCACAAAGAGGCACAAGAUUGCGAUCUUGAGUUUCCUGGUCAGCGAGAGCAACGCGAGUCUUGUGAUACGCGAGUUCAGGGAAUACGCUCGUAGUCCACAAUCGGCCGUAUCAAUGGACGCCAUCCAGGCUAUCGGCCGAUGUUCCGAGAAGAUCGGAUCCGUCAAGCAGACCUGUGGGAAAGUUCUCCUGUCGUUACUAAAGAGCGGAAAGAAAACCACGAUCGCACAAGCUGUAAUUGCCUUGCGGUCCCUCAUCCAGUCUUCGACUGAUCGCGAGAUGGCUUCACGCCUAGUCCUCAGCCUUUCUCAGCGCUUAUCAUUCGUUCACGGCGAAGAAGCCCGUGCGAGUGUAUACUGGCUUGGCAGCCGAUACAGUAUAAGCGAGGACCAAGGUCCGUCAACCUACUCGGAAUUCCAAGGGAUCGCGGUAUGGGCACCUGAUCUCCUCAGAAACGGCGUGAGAUGCUUCAUGACCGAGGAACCCUUGACCAAAAUUGAAGUGCUCAAUCUGGCAGCAACUCUGCUCACGCAAUGCCCAGGCUCAAGAUCAAUCGACAUGCUCACGAGACACGCCCUGGCUCUGGCGCGUUAUGAUCAAGACUGGGAUGUCAGAGAUCGGGCCAGAUUGCUCACUGGGCUUCUACGGAGCGUACGACAAUCAAAUGGCGAUGCGGAGGAUGACGAGGUCGAUACGGGAGGCGUAGUCUUGAGACCAGAACAGAUCAAGUUGGUCCUGUCUGAUUGCCCUGAUCUGAGGCAGGGCUCCGAUCGAAUCGGCCGCACUCGACGGAACUAUCCGAUGGGGUCCCUGUCCGGCCUUAGCAGCCGCCCCAUGCGUGGUUCAGGGUGGGAUGUUCCCUCCUGGACGACGGAUCCUACUGAUAGCUCGCUGCGGGAUGUGCCCGAACCGAUAUCCGCCCCAAAAUCUCCUGUCUUCGAGGCGACAAUAGGAGAAAGCCGUGGUGGGAAGAACGUCGCAAGAGCAUUGCCAUCGUUUCCUACCACACAAAGCAACCCGCAGACGCUUCGAGCUAAAAAGAUCAAGAACUUGGACGAGUUUCUCGACGAAACCGAUACGGAUAGUACCGCAGAUACAGUCGAUGAGGAUAGAGAGAGCGAUGGUGGCCGGGGGAAAGCAAAUCGCGCUGGUACCGCGACCACUUUGCAGUCUCAGGGGGUCUCGAGCGACUCUAGUCUAUCAGAUAGCGACAGUGACAGCGAUAGCGAAUGAGAGAUUGGUGAUGUUGUAUGUGAUGGAUCAUCCUCAACAAUCAACAAAGGCCAUAAAGGUAUUCGUAGCAGUCCACUUCGCGGGAGUAGGCUUUGUUCGGCCUUUGUCAUCGAGCAUUCCCCUCCCCUUCGCUUGAUGACGCGUCAAGAGGAGGAGGGUCCCCAUGGGCGAAAGGGAGGAGUCGCGCUAAGACGGGGCCAGGGUCGGUCACGAGGUCUUCGACCAGCAUGACCAGUGUACCUCCGGUAUAUAUAUAUGGCAUGGCAAUCGAGCAUGC